CUUACUUCUGCUGCAGCCAGUCCUGUAUCUUUCUUAAAAUACGUAAGUCUCAUGAUCUGGUAAUUGCUAACACACAGAUUGGCAAUGACAAACUUCCUUUCCCUCCCUUCCCAGUUAACCUAACAGUCCCAUCUAAGUGCGUGCUUUGGGGGCUAAAAUAGGAAGUACAGACUUCCUAUUUUGUGCUAUUGCACAGACUUUCCUUGAAAGGGGGGUGUCAGCUUCUCUGAAAGUGGCAUUUGAGGUUCACAAAAGAUGUAGUAGUUAUUUUGAAGACUUACUUGCUAAGAAAAUUGUGUGGUUGGUUUAUACUUCUGUCUCCAGUUCUAGACAAGUGUGGGUUCUCUGAUAUCUGCAUCAGAGGAUUCUGGUGCUGGGGGGUGGUGCUGGACAGGGAGAGUCACCCAUCAGGUUGAAUCAUCUGCCUCACAGACACUCCUGGAUUCAGCACACAACAAGAAGACAUGAAUUUUGUCCUAUAAGAAAUGCUUGGUAUAAAUUCUUCCUGAAUGCCAUUUCAACGUGAUCUUAAAGAAGUUCCCUUAUUCAGUUUUACUUCUCUUUAUGUGAAACGGAAACAAACAGCUCUACAGUAAGCAGGGGAAGAGUGGGAAAUGAAAACUCUGAAAUUCUGAGUUAGGACCAAUCCUGUGUGCCAAGGACAAUAUGGACAUGAAAGAGAUUUUCAUCCUGCUGCUCCAUCUGUAUUUGGUCUUCCAUGUUCAAGCUAUUCAAGAGAGUAUCCCAAUGAAAAGCUUGAGGUGCUACAAUGACUACAGAUCACAGGUGACUUGCACAUGGAUGGAGCUCUCAGAGGCUCAUGACCUCGUUGGCAUGAUUCUUUACCAAAGGGACAAUGGUGGAAAGGAGAACAAGGACAUGUUUUGCAAACGCCAGACAGAAAAUGACUUGCAUGAAACUCCAGACGUGUAUGUGCACUGGGUCUGCCACAUGACUACAGACUACUUUGGAAUAGGGGUAGAGGAUGUUUACGGCUUCAGACCUGAAAAGGUUCUUCAAACAGAACUGGAUGUUGAUCUUUUCCAAAAUGUUCAGCCCCUCCCGCCUCAAAACCUCUCCGUCAGCUCAAUGGUAUCAGGAGACUUCUUGCUGACCUGGAAAGCAGCCGAUGGAAACCAAGACCUGGGCAAUGCCCUGGACUAUGAAGUCACUUACAAGCAGGAGAGGGAGUCCUGGGAGGAAGCUGCCUCGCUCUUGCUCUCCAACACCACCCACUGCAGUCUCAGCCAUGAGGACCUUGUCCCAGGGAGCAGCUACGCUGCCCGUGUGCGAGCCAGACCGGGGCAGGCCAGCAGCUUCUCUGGGCAGUACAGCCCGUGGAGCACGGAGGUGUCCUGGAAGAUCCCUGAAGGCGGCAUUCAGCCCAGGAACCUUCGCUGCCUCUUCAAUGGUGGAGAUCGUCUGACGUGCAGCUGGGAAGUGAAGAAAGUGAUCACCACCUCUGUCCUCUUUGGCUUGUUCUUCAGGGCCACACCAGCAUCAGAAGAAGAGGAGUGCGCUCCUGUGCAUGAGAAGACUUUGCCCCACACCCCAUAUGUUGUCCAGAGCUGUGAGAUCUCUGUUAACAAUUCUAUCACCCAGAGCCAGUAUCAUGUAUCUGUCCGGGCCAAGACAGAGGACAAGUUGAUUGAAGCCUACAAAAACAUUCAGGUGCUGCCGCCUGCAAAUGUGUCAGUAACAGCAACAGAGAACCAAGAGUAUGAACUAAGCUGGAAAAAACACAUUUUGAAUUACAGCUUCAUAACACAGAGAUACCAAGUCAAGUACUGGGAAAACAACCGAUAUGAAAAGACUCUCCAGGUGUUAAAUAUCAGCAACGAUGAACCUCCCUUCAUCUUCACCCUGCAGAUGCUGGCAGCAUCUACAGAAUAUAGGGGGAAAAUGCGUGCAAGGGUGAAUAGGCCUCUGGAAUAUGAGGGACCUUGGAGUGAAUGGAGUGAGGAGUUCACCUGGAAGACUGAGAAUGUUCUGUCACCUGUGAUUCUCCCAGUGACGCUCCCAGCUCUCAUCAUCGCUUUGCUGAUAGUUGCUUAUUGCAGCUAUAAGUAUUUCCUCAGGAAGAAGAAAAUGUGGGAGGAAAAAAUUCCGAACCCCAGUAAGAGUCUCCUGAUCCAGGGCUACCUGGGGAAAGGACAUUUGGGAAGUUGGCCAACAAGCAACCAGCUGGACUUCAACAAAUACAACUUUUCAGAGAAGAUGGAGCAGGCUAGCUUCCUUCAAGUUGUGGAUGGGCAGGCGAAAACUUUGGCAGAGUGCCUUGAAGUGCAGACUAAGAAGACAGAUGCUUCCCCUGUUACACCUGACCUACAGAACUCCUACCAUGCUUUAAAUGAGUCAGAGCAUCCCCCAGUUGCCUGCUCAAGUCAGAGAGCUGGUCAUUCCUUUCCCAUUUCAAGGAGAAACAGUGCUGAUGCAAGUAUUGCUUCCCACAGAGCAAUCCCUUGUUUUGCUUUCAAUGGUCCCUACUUGUACAGCCCAGUGGUGUCCUCUCACCCUGAUAUACACCAGACCCUGGAAAUGGACCCUGUGGGACUCAGUAAGAAAUCAGUUUCCCUUCAGUAUGUGACUCUCCCAAGGGAAGACUCUCCCCAGGCUCCACAGAGGCCAGAGCAGCCAGAAGCAGCUCCUCCAAGGGACAUGCUCCCAAAUCAGAAGGAAAUGAUGCACCACCUCAGUGACAAGGAAGAAGUCUCACAGGCCUCACCAGCCUCUGGGGAAGGCACCAACAAGGGAACAGAGGAGCAGAACUCUUCAAAGGCUCUCAGCUCUACCACAUCUCCUCAACCGUGCCCCUUGGAGUACAUCACCACAGACAGCCUGGUACUGCCAUCAGCCAGCACCUCCACCCAUCCUCCACGUGGCACAGCUGAGGAAUCACCUUGUGGCUCACAGGAGCCCCAGCCUCCCAGUGACCACUCUUGCCAUGACUCUUCUCUGGGGAAAAGCAGUGUCAUGAUCCCAGUUUCAGGCCAAGCACCAGCCUCACCUCCUGAAUCGCACCUGGAUACCUUUGGUGACUAUCUUACUGUGCCUGAAGGUCUCCAUGAACAUUCAAAGCCCACAAAGAUUUCUUUGCCUGUCUUACAGAAGGAAAAUGGUAUUCCUAGAAAGCAGCCUUUGUCAGAAGGUAACUUGGUGGUGUUAAACCCUGACAGCACUGAGCCAGUUUUCCUUUGCCAGGUCGGUGACUAUUGCUUCCACAGCCUAAAAUCCAGUGUGAAGAUGGAUAAUAGUCAGGAAGACCACCAAGUCAUGAAACUUUCUGAAAGCGAGACAACACUUGGGCAGCCUGUGUGUGAUGAUGAAUCCAUCAUAGGGAAGGAAAAGGAUGUAUGGAAGAGGGAAAAAAUUAAGGCCAUUCAGCUCUUCAAAAACCUGAAAUCAGAUGAUUACUUUUCCUGGCAGCAAUCUUUAAGGAUCAAAGAAAUCUGUUAAAUGGAUAAAUAUUCAUGAACACCAAAGAGACAGGUAACUGAAAGAGAUUGCAACUGUCUGGUGAAAAUGAACCCUCAAACCUAGGAGCAAGUAAACAUCAGUUCCCUUUUCAAGCUUCAGUCCAAUGUGUUUAAAAACUUGAAUUAGCUCAAUGUCAUUCUCAGUGGUCUUCAUAGAUCUGGCAUGAAGAACUACACAAAUAUUGCUUUUUAGUGUUUUUCAAACUUUUUGGUUUAUCCAGUUUAUCCUCCUCAUGAUCCUGUAAUACUUCACAAUCAUCUUGCAAUUAUAUCAGAUUGCUUGGCAAAUCUUGUGCCAGGAAAUGCAGACUUAACAGCUUGAAAGGCUAUCAGAAGAAGACAAGUUUGAAAACCUUGGAAAGAAAAGUUCUAUCCUUAAAAGCAAUUUUGUUUAAUUUCUGUGCACUCAUAAAAUAGCUCUAAAAGUCACCAAGGAAAUUUUGUGUCCUUGCCUUUCCGCUAUGGGAAUAGGUAUUGCCUAAGGUGAAAAAACCAGACACUUAUAGAAGUGUAAAGAAAAAAUGAGAAAAAGAUUGUUGAAAUCCAAGAAAACUUUCUUAAUGUUAAUGUCCAGUCUAUCACAGUGGAUUCAAAGAAUAACAAGGAAACAUUACUGGGAUACAUAAAGCAAGUUGCAGAGAACCAUUUGGAAGAAGAAAUAUUACUGAAAGAAAACCCAAGGGCUCCUAAGGUUCAGUGAGAGGGAGUGGGGCAGAUAACAGAAAAUGGCAGGUAAGAGAUGCUGGGAAGGUGCACAAGCCUGUAACUGCUAUGAUUCUUCUAUUUCUAAGUGUUUAAUUACUAUAUGAUUUUAUUCAUAUUUUUAUUUGCAUUUAUUGACUGUUUAUGCAUUAUAUACUUAAUCCUAAAGUGUAAUAUGAUUUUAUUUACAUUUUUCAUUUACAUUCAUUGACUGUUUAUGCAUUAUAUACUUCAUCCUAAAGUGUAAUUGAUUUUUAGUUUGUUUUUUUUUUUCUUAAAUAAUGAGAGUUGAGAAAGAGGAGACCAUUUUCCCAGCUUUGCUGUAUAGAAAGUGGUGCAAGGUAAGAGCAUUUGUUCAGAACUGCUACUCUGCAAUCAGUGAAAAGGCUUUGGUUUCAGACCUGAACGUAGACUUGACUUCCAAAAAAAAGGUUUUGUUUUUCAAAUAUAAAAUCUGUAUUAAUAAACAUAUUAUUUCUUCCUAUAAGCAUUUUGUUUCAUAUGUUAAAAAUAUUGUGUUUACAAUAAAAUUACUAUUAGCUCAUUUGCUCAGGUCUCAAAAAAUUCUAUAGGUUCAGCUAUGUGGUAUGUGAGGUAGGAUAUUUUUCUCCUGACUUUGCUGUAUUACUUGAUUGAAAAAAGAAGUUCUGUGUUUGUGCCACUUGAUUCCUCCUGCUGGGUUAAUGGGACUGUGCUGAUUCAGAAAUUACAGUGAAAUUAUUUGGGUUUUUGGGAAUUUAAUCCUUGUAAAUGCUAUUUUAAAUCUGAAAGGUGUGCAAAUUGAACUUGGUGCUCUUCACAGCAGAAGGCAGGCAGUUGCAGCCUCUGAUAGAGAAUAAUGAUGAACACUUUGAGAGAUUUGCAAUUUAGACCUUUUGUAAUCAAUGGAUUUUUUUUGUUAAUCUCCUCUUUGGCCUUUUAUAAGUGGCACAAUUAAUUUCUUCCAGGCUGUAUAAUUGUGCUCUAUCGAAGCAUAUCCUAAAAGGAGAUGUUCAAAUUCAUAUGCAAAUGUUGUGUCUGAAUUCAUAUCUUAGAUAUGCAUCACUUUGCUGGGCCUUGAAUUUCUGGGCUUUAAUAAUCAAGAAGAAUAAUGAGUGGGAGAAGUUUUAUUCGACUCAGUGGCUUUUGGAUAAAGCCCAUUUGCAUUGUGAUCAGUACUCUAAGAUGUGAUCAGUACUCUGACAGCUCUCUGUUCCUUCUGUUCCUCUGCACUUCGCUGGGCAUUUGAAGAAGCUGAUUUUGGAGACAGGAUUUACAGAUAAAAGCACAUUUGUUAUGAUCCCACAGAGAUGAUAUUAUCCUCUGAAGGAGCCUGGAAUUUGCAGAAUAACAUGCCAUUGUCAGGAUAGGGGAGCUGCGCAGUGGUUUGCUUUCCAGCUAUAACAAUUCAUUUAGAGCAGAAUGGGUUUCUGCUCUAGAGACUCUUUCUUCAAUAUCCACCAGUAUCAUUAAAUAAAAUAUGUAAUGAACAUUGGAAACAGAGCUCAUAAUUCAUGGCUCUUCUCUGCCAGAGGAAUCCACUUCUUACUGGAAUCAAAACUUCUAUAAACUUCAUGUGUUGCUGAUCCUAUGAAUUUUCUAUUCCCUUCUGCAUGAGGUCCAGAUGCAGUGAGGGUGGUAAAAAGCAUUUUACAAUCCUGUAGCCUGGUGAUUCAAGAUUUAGAAGCAGUCGUGAGUCCCAGGUCUUCAACUUCCUGAUCAUUAGCUUGAGCCACCAAGUUACUGUGCAAGGGCAAGUUGGUGCUCCCUUCCCCAGUGCUAGGUACUGAUAAACAGAAGAGGAAUCAUCAAAAUGAGGACUCAGGAGUCAAUUAUGACAUGCUCCUCUCUGUAGGGCUUCUCAUUAAGUAGUUCAGCCCCUCAGCCUGUAUAUCUGCAUGAUGAGUCACCAAUGUUUCCUACAUAGUCAAAAAACGAGUUAUGAGAUGAUUGCAACCCUUUCCUUACUGCAUACUCAAACUUAAAAGAUUGUGCCCAUGUUUUAACAGCAGGCAUUUUUCCUUGCUCUGAAGUAAUCACUUUAUUAUUCCCUUAUCAUAAUCUUCAUCAACCAGAAACAUAUUACUUGAAUUUACAUGAGACUAGGGUAGGAAGUUUAUUGUGACCUCAGUAGUUCUAAUUAAGGUCAAUGCUGAACUGGUCUGUUGCUGUAUUUCUGUAGGCUUGGGGGUUUUCCCUUAUGUAAGGAAGGAAAAUGGGACAGAAUGGUUUGCUAGAAAAAGAAACCUGUGAUGGAAAGCCCUCCAAGACCUCAAGGAACAAUAGCUGGAGAUUUCAGAGAAUCCUGUACCUCUGCUGGGUAAUGGAAAACAAAACAACCCAUCCUGCAGUCCCUGCCUAGUUUCUUGUUUACAAGCACGUUGUACACACAACCUUAUUCCCACAGAACUCCACUCGGUCUCUUCUCCUCACUCCCUACAUUCUCCCUUUGUUCUCACUAUGGAGAUGGAAUUUCCACGUAAAGAAACUCCACAUGUCAUAUUCUGUACAUGGGGAAUAAGUAACACAAUGACUUCAUGACUCUUUUUGCCCUUUAGAAGUCCUUUCAAGUGUAUGCCAGUAUUCCAUAUGUUCCAACCAUGACCCUAACAACCCCUCAUCCAUGAGGUUCAGUGGGUGAACCCAAGCUCCUCUACAAAUUUGUACAACAUGAACCAGAUUUAGGUCAAAACCUUUGUAGGUUGGUUGUGUGCUUUCCAGCUUGUUGGUAGGGAACCAUUUGGUCCUCAUUCUUGAAGGAUGAUUUGUUUGUCUAGAGAAGUAGUUGUAAAGCUAUCUGAAACAACUGGACAGCUUUUCCUGUCCUCUUUUACAAAAUUUUCCAGCUCCUUACUUGCAGUGUGCACAUACAUUGCAAAGGUUUGGGAUGAGUACUUUUUAAUCUCCUAAGCUGUUUGUCCUUCUGUGGAACUCAAAGUUACAUAGAUUGUUGAUACACAUCUUUGAGUUUAUUUAGUGCACUGCAGAUUCAACCCUUGAUUUCCUUGACUUCUCUCUUUGUUUUCCUUUAGUCCCAGAUGCAGGUAUUUUAAUCAGAAUAAUUUUGGCAAGUUUCUGUCCUGUUCAAUGCACCUCUUCUCAUCUCAGAAUAUUUGGCAUAACCAUAACCCUAGGUGCAGCAGUAAAAGCAGCUUUGGGCUGAGGCUGGUGCCAAGCAGAAUGGUGUGGAGGGAGUUGUUGUGGCAGUCCUGUGUUCCCCUUGGCAUGGCUUUUGUAACUGCAGUGUUCCCAAAUCAGGGAAGAAAGGGGAACAAACUCUCUGGAAGAGAGAUAUGAUCCAGUAAAACAUGAUUGAAAAAAUCCCAGAGAAUUUUGAAAUUGAGUGACUGCAGCCAAGUAUAUUGAGAUAAAAAGAGUUGCAGUGAAAAGGACUGAAAUUUGAUCAGAAGUAUUCUCAUUGAAAUCCUCAAAUCAAGGAGGAAAGCUAAACAGAGACAGGAGAAGAAAUUUACAAAAUUCAAAGCUUAAGAGAAAAAGAGACAAUUCUGAAUCAAAGUGAAAGCUAUAAAAGUGAAUGGAAUGACAGUAAGUACAGGAAUAUGGACGGAAGCUUGCCCAGUUGAUCCUCUUUGGAAUCGCAAGAAUUCAUUCCUGUAGUGACAGGACAGUGGGCAGCAGUUUUAAACUGAAAUAGGGUAGAUUUGGAUUGGACAUAAGGAAGAAAUUUUUACAAUGAGACAAGACAAAGAAAAUGGCAGCUCAGCAAAAUUGUGGAUGCUUAUUCAUUAGAAGGCUCAAGGUUGGAUGGGGCUUACAGCAACCUGGUCUAAUAGAAGAUGUCCUUGCCCAUGGCAGGUGGUUUGGAUCCUUCCAACCCAAACCAUUCUGUGACUCUCUGGUUCUAUGAUUCUAAUCUCAUAUCCCAUUUAUACCUAAUAGCUUAGUGUUUUCUCCAUCGUUGUUAGGUUGGAGCACCCCAGAAGAAAUGUUGCCUUUCUCAGUCAUUCAGAUCUCUCAGGUAAGAGAUCUCUCACCACUUGGUCUGCCAGAUAAUUAAUAACCAUAUUGAAAAUUAUAUUUUCCUGGGAGAAAUCACUUAAAUAGUUUCUCCAAUGUGAAAACUAACGAUUAUUUUUUCUCAUUAAUUUUCUGUCUUUAAAGGACUUCAAUCUACAUGACAACCUUCCUUUUAUCUCCUAGUUUCUUGGAAAUGCGUUUUUGAGGGACUUCAAGCUCUUUAGACAUCUAGGUAUGAGGCAUUAAUUGGAUAACUCUGUGCAUGUUUGCUUCUGGAGUUCUUCCAAGAACUCUACCAAUUUUAUGAGACAUAAAAAAGUCUCUCUUAUACAGAAAUGCUAACACUUCCCCAGAACAUUUUUUCUCUACAAUUUCUAUUUUUCCUUAUAGUUUGUAUCACCCUGUACAAAAACCAGCCUGGCUGGUCAGUAGUUCCCUGGAUAGUUCUCUGAGUACUCCUCAAAAGCCUUCAUUUGGUAUUUCUUUUUCUCUGAUGCUGAGGCCUGUUAAUGCCUUUGAUUAUUUACCUCAAUUCCUUGUUCAGCAAUUGAAUAUUUAAAUUCCUUUGCAGAUUUAUAUGAUAAGAAAGCAAUUGAGUGAUAGUAUAGGUUAUGCAAGGCUUGUAAAGAAAGUAAAUAUGUUUUAUUAAACAGUAAAAUUUAGUUGGAAAAGAUCAUUCUAAGUUUUCAUUUUUCUCUACGUCUUGCUUCAUUUACGUUUUUCAGAACAUUAAGGCUACAAUAACUCUACCUUUACAGCGUGGUUAGACUUACAAAAGGCCUAAGUUUUAAAAUUUAUAUAUGAUACUUUAAACAGCUCCUUUGUCCACUGAAAAAAUUUCAUCCUUUAACAGCCUCUUAGCCUUAUUUUUGCCAGUUUUUCCUUAAAACAUUAUUGUACUUGUGCCUUUCAUUGUUUCAGCUUGUACUAGGUCUUGUAUAUUUUUCAGGACUAAAUCUGUUUUUUUUCUUGUGAGUGCUUUCACAAAUAGCUUCAAGAAGCAAUCAUUUACUGUGGCUAAAAAAUAGACUCUGUGGCUAGAUUCAUACUAGCAAAUAAAGUAAAAUAAAACAAAGCAUUUGUCUUGAUUUGGUUGCAUAGUUUUAUAUGCUCUGCUUAUCCAGGCUAUUGUUUUUCUCUGUAUUUUUCUUACCUUCUAUCCUAUCCCUUUUUCUAAGUCACAGGCUUUCUGUGAUUUCAGACCACACAAAUAGAUCAAUCCGAGCAAUUUAUUUUCCACAUCUGGCAUCAUUUCCUUGGUUUUCAUUUUAAAAUUGCCUCAUACUGUCUUUAAUCUUAAAUGUCAGCAGAACUGAUUCUGUUUUGAUUAGGUGGAAUCCAUCGUAUAUAAACUUAAUCUGCUUCAAAAUGUUACCAGAUACUAAUAAAUAUAAUCCCCUUUUCCCCACAGAGUUUAAUCAAUCAUGCAGUGAGACUCUUAUCUGACAGAGUGUAUAAAAGCAGCAUCACUGAAGAAUGCUACUAUGUAGGACUGCUUUUUUCAGCCUUCUGGCUUAAACUUUGCUUUCAGAACCUCUCACCUGCUGUUUCUUUGUUGUUGGGCCACAACCAUGGGGUUUUUCUUGGCACAUACUGAGAGAAUGUCUAGAUACCUUGUGCUCUGUCAUCUUUUCAACUGCAUAUUUCAAUGUGUCUUUUCUAGUAAAACGUUUGUCCAUUUUUGUAUUUACUUGGUCAUGAGAAAUGAAGGAGAUGUUUGCCUUUUUUCUGCUCCUGAAGGGAUCCCAUCCUACUCAAGACGACAGCUUUCAGCCUUUGCUGCACGUGGUACCUGUGGAAUAACUCCUGGUGCAGUUGGUAGUGUCCAUGUAACUCCAGAUCUCCUUUUGGGAGGUGACCUCCUCCAGGGGCUGGGGACCAGAUCCAGCAGGGUACUUGGCUGCUGUGGUAUCGGUUUGUGACAUCACAAGCCUGACAAAGCUUCCACUGUGUCCAAGAGAGGCUGUGGAUGGCCUGUACAGAUAUGGAAAUACUCACACGGUGUUUAAACAAUGAUUUGGCUUCAUUCUCUUGUCCUGUUUUGGAGCUACAAGGCUUGACUUGUCUACCUAUUCGGUCAGGUUAUGUCCCACUUUGGGAUGGAAGUUUUAAACUGCUUUACAGAUGGCCUUUUGGUGUCUUGUCAGCUCAUGAUUCUGUGUUUCCUGAAAGGAUUUAUUGAAGUAUUUCUGCUCGAAGAGCCCAUCCCAGUAGCCCUGAAGAGAUUACCUAUGAAUUUACGGCGAUCUGCCCACUGCUUUUAAUAUACACCCAUGAAAGUUGCUUUCACUAAGGCUCAGCAAAUAGGGAAAGAGAAAUUCUGGGAUUUA